CCCCCGCUACCAGGAAGUAAAACAUGCAGCCUGCUCCUGGACUUUGACGUGACUGAGGUUGAACGUAGUGUGAGAUUUCUCUUCGGACUGGGUGUCUGUGUUUCGUGUGGUUCGUCUUCGCCCUGUUGAAGCCUCCGUGCUGUUUCUGUCAUGGCGCAGGAAAACCUGACCGUGGUGUUGCAUUCUCCGGGAGACCUCAGGCUGGAAAACCGCCCCAUUCCUGAGCCAGAACCUAACGAGGUUUUAUUGCAGAUGCACUCUGUUGGAAUCUGUGGAUCAGAUGUGCACUACUGGCAGAAUGGCCGGAUCGGAGAUUUUGUGGUUAAGAAACCGAUGGUUGUGGGGCACGAGGCUGCUGGACGGGUGGUAAAAGUGGGCUCAGCAGUCAAGCACCUUAAUGUAGGUGACAGAGUCGCCAUUGAGCCUGGUGUACCUCGCGAGACCGACGAAUAUUUCAAAAACGGACGCUAUAAUUUGUCCCCAACCAUCUUUUUCUGUGCCACACCCCCCGACGAUGGGAACCUAUGUCGAUACUACAAGCACAGUGCCAACUUCUGUUACAAAUUGCCUGAUAAUGUGACAUUUGAGGAGGGAGCUCUCAUUGAACCUCUGUCUGUGGGGAUCCAUGCCUGCCGCAGAGCCGGUGUGACCCUCGGCAGUGUUGUCUUCAUUUGUGGUGCAGGACCUAUUGGAUUGGUCUCUUUGCUUGUGGCCAAGGCCAUGGGGGCCUCUCAGGUCAUCGUCACUGAUCUUUCUCCAGAGCGUCUGAAGAUGGCCAAACAGUUGGGAGCGGACUUCCAGCUGACGGUGAAGAAAGGAGAUGCACCCGAACAGCUGGCUAAGAGUGUACCUGACACACUGGGAGCUCAGCCUCACAUGACCAUUGAAUGCACUGGUGCUGAGAGCAGCAUCCAAACAGCCAUCUAUGCAACUCGUUCAGGAGGUGUGGUUGUGCUGGUGGGUCUCGGCUCUCCAAUGGCCACUAUUCCUCUGGUCAACGCUGCCACGAGAGAAGUGGACAUCAGAGGCGUCUUCCGCUACUGCAAUACCUGGCCCAUGGCCAUUGCCAUGUUGUCGUCAGGUAAAGUGAACGUCAAGCCCCUCGUGACCCAUCGUUUCCCUCUGGAGCAGGCAUUAGAAGCCUUUGAAACCACACGUCAAGGUGUUGGGAUAAAGGUCAUGUUAAAGUGCGACCAAAACGACCUGAACCCCUGAACUGACGCCCUGCAGAAAAACCAAAUAGACCAACUGAGAGCAAUUCAGCAUGACAGGCACAAACUGGACAUUGACCCAGUGAGAGAUAACA